AUGCCGACUCCGUUUAGAGCUGCUCUCCUUUCAUCUCGCCCAGGUUCUAUGAGUAUUAGCAUUUUAGCUAGAAAGGAAGACAUGGAGAAUAGGAAUUCUCCAGCAAAGAGAAUAAGACUGACGCUUAGUAAACAGACAGACUUACUUGGGUUUAAUUUAUUGUCACUUCCUGAGGAUGUUGUGUCACGAAUUAUAGCAUGCAUAACACUGAAGGAAGCUGUACGAAUGAGUACCGUAUGCAGCACGUUGAGAAAAGCCUGGAUUUACCAUCCUAAUCUUGACUUUGAUAUUUCUACAGUGCCUGCCAGUAGUCGGCAUAAUAUAAUGCAGGGCCUUAAGAGGUUUAUUGACACAGUUAAUUUUGUCCUAAGGGAACACAGUGGUUUAGCUUUGAACAGAUUGGCUGUGAACUUUGAAUUGCAUAAGGAACAUGCACAUGAUAUUGAUGGAUGGGUUUCCUUUGCUAUCUCAUCAAAGGCAAGGGUUGUGGUGCUCAAUUUUUCUCCAUAUCUGGGACAACAUGAAAAUAAUUAUAGCUUCCCAUGUCAUCUUUUUAACAACCAAAAUUCAUCUCACCUUGAGGUCCUUCGACUUGAUAGUGUUACUUUGGAUCCAAGUCGAGAAUUUUGUGGCUUUUCAAAUCUUACAACACUUGCUCUGGAGCAUGUGCUUAUAUUGCAAGAUUUACAGUACUUUUUAUUGAGAUGCCCUUUAUUGGAGUGGCUAACCAUCCGACGAUGUCCGGAGCUACAUAAUUUACAUGCUGCUGAACCAUUGCAGCAGUUGAAAUUUCUGUGUGUCCAAGAUUGUGCUGUCCACAGGAUUGAUUUGCUUGCCCCUAAUCUCAGAGUGUUUGAGUACAGGGGUGGUUCAAAAGUGCUUUUCGCACUUAGCGAAUGCCUGAAGCUGAAGACAGCAACUGUUUCAUUUUUCGUUGAGGAUAACCUUGGAUAUAUUUUUACUGAAAUUCCAAAGGGAUUGCCUCAUAUUGAGACUCUACAUGUUGAAAUGACUGUGAAGACUCAGAUACAUGGAUUUAUGAAGGCUCCUCUCAGAUUUAUGCAUUUAAGGAAUUUGAUUAUGAACAUAACCUUUGGAAAUGUUCAACGAUUGGGUAAAAAUGCAGUCCUUCAAUUAGGUUAUCUUUUGGAAGCGGCUCCCUUUUUGGUGAACCUUCAUGUGGAUAUGUACUGCAGAUUUGAAUCUGAGUACCGCCCUAAAAAAGGCGUGAUUGCGGAUCACCCUCACCGUAACCUGAAGGAUGCCUGCAUAACCGGUUUUAAUGGCAAUGGAGGCCAAGUUGCGCUGGUAAAAUAUAUCCUUCGCAACGCCAUACAACUGAAGCGUAUGGCUGUAGAUCCGAGAAGAAAAAUACUGGGGCAACUGGUAGAAGAAUUUGAUGGCCGGAUGAUAGCCGAGUCAGAACUGGUGCCACAUGACAGGAAAGGCGUUUUGACAAUUUUGGGGUGA